AUGGACCUCAAAAGAGUCCUGAAGAACCGUUCUGGCCUGCGGGUCGAUAACCGCCAGACCACGUCCGCCGCGACACUCACCCUGCGUCAGAGUCUGUGGCCGCUCAGUCUGGUGACGAUCCUGUUCUUUCUAUGGGGCUUCGCAUACGGCCUCUUGGACACGCUGAACAAGCAUUUCCAAAACACGCUGCACAUUGAUCGCGGCCGUUCAGCUGGUCUGCAAGCUGCAUACUUCGGCGCAUAUCCGCUCGCCUCGCUCGGCUAUGCGAACUGGAUCCUGCGCCAUUACGGGUACAAGACGGUGUUUAUCUUCGGACUGACGCUGUAUGGCAUUGGCGCGUUGUGCAUGUGGCCGGCCGGCUUGCACCAGUCUUUCGGUGGCUUCUGCGGUGCAACGUUUGUGAUUGGAUCUGGACUGGGCUCGCUGGAGACGGCGGCGAAUCCCUAUUUGACUGUCUGCGGUCCACCGCGCUACUCCGAGAUCCGGAUCAACUUCGCGCAGUCGUUCAACGCCAUCGGCACCGUGGUAGGGCCUGUGCUGGGCUCGUAUGCGUUUUUCACCACGACCAAUGACAAUGUCGAGGCGCUGCAGCGCGUGCAGUGGGUGUACCUAGCCAUUGGCAUCUUUGUCUUCUGCCUCGCGGCGGUGUUCUUCGUCUCGAACAUCCCCGAGGUGACGGAUGAGGAUAUGGCGUUCCAGGUAGCCACCACACACGUGGAUGAGCAAGAUAAGCCGUUCUGGAAGCAGUGGAAGUUGUUCCAUGCGACGUUGGCGCAGUUCACGUAUACCGGCGCACAAGUCGCCAUUGCCGGCUACUUUAUCAACUACGCAGUCGAUACCUGGCCCGGCACCGAUAGCGCCAAGGGAGCCAAGCUGCUUGCGGGGGCGCAGGGUGCUUUCGCCGUGGGCCGUUUCCUGGGUUCGGGAAUCAUGAAGUAUACCAAGGCUCGCUAUGUGUUCGGUAUCUAUCUGUCCUGCUGUUUGGCAUUCCUGGCUGCAUCUGUGACCCAGAGGAAUCAGACUGGAAUUGCGAUGCUCUUCUUGACCCUCUUCUUUGAAUCAGUCUGCUUCCCCACGAUUGUUGCACUAGGAAUCCGUGGCCUUGGUCGGCACUAUAAGCGCGGCUCUGGCUUCAUUGUCGGGGGCGUGUGCGGCGGAGCAAUCGUGCCGCCGAUCCUGGGCCACGUCGCUGAUAUGAGGAAUGACACGGGCUUUGCAUUUAUUGUGCCGACAAUGUUCAUGGUCGUUGCGUGGACAUACGCCGUCGCGGUCAACUUCGUUCCUUCGUACAAGACGACAGUAGACAAGGUGGGAGAGAGUACAGUUGGACUGCAGAAUCAGGAUACCAAAGAUGAAGAGGCGGCCAUUGAUACGACCAGGGAGAUGGGUGAGAAGGGCGGGCCCGUUCACGUUGCACGGCAGUAG